AUGGUAGAAGAAGUGGAGUGCACCUGGCUGAGUCCCCGGAGAUGGCUAAAUCUACAAGAGUACCAGAGCAAGAAGCUGAUGCAGGACAGCGGCGUGGCGGUCCAGCGCUUCUACGUGGCUGACACAGCUUCUGAGGCCCAGGAGGCUGCCAAGAGACUCAAUGCCAAGGAAAUAGUCCUGAAAGCUCAGAUUUUGGCUGGUGGCAGAGGCAAAGGCGUGUUCAACAGUGGCCUUAAAGGUGGAGUGCACUUAACUAAGGACCCUGCAGUUGUUGGUGAGCUGGCUAAAAAGAUGCUCGGUUUCAACCUGAUUACCAAGCAGACACCCAAAGAUGGAGUGAAAGUGAAAACGGUGAUGGUUGCUGAGGCUCUGGAUAUCAGCAGGGAGACAUAUUUUGCCAUCCUGAUGGACCGGGCCUGCAAUGGUCCAGUAAUGGUCGGAAGCCCCCAGGGAGGGAUGGAUAUCGAGGAGGUGGCUGCCGCCACACCAGAACUUAUCUUUAAGGAAGUCAUAGAUAUAUUUGAAGGGGUGCGAGACGACCAGGCACUUCGCAUGGCAGCUAAUUUGGGUUUCAAAGGACCUCUGCAAAGACAGGCAGCGGAUCAGAUUAAGAGGCUCUAUGAUCUGUUCCUGAAAGUCGACGCCACUCAAGUUGAAGUCAAUCCGCUCGGGGAGACUCCCGAAGGACAAGUGGUUUGCUUCGAUGCCAAGAUCAACUUUGAUGACAACGCUGAGUUCCGUCAGAAAGAUGUGUUCGCCAUGGAUGACAUGACUGAGAGCGACGCCACAGAGAUGGAGGCGGCCAAGUGGGAUCUUAAAUAUAUUGGAAUGGACGGAAACAUUGCCUGCUUUGUCAAUGGAGCCGGUCUUGCCAUGGCAACAUGUGACAUCAUUGACCUCCAUGGGGGAAAGCCUGCUAACUUCCUGGACCUCGGGGGCGGUGUCAAAGAGAGGCAGGUGUAUGAGGCUUUUAAGCUGCUGACUGCUGACCCAAAGGUUGAGGCCAUUUUGGUCAACAUCUUUGGAGGCAUUGUCAACUGCGCCAUCAUUGCCAAUGGCAUUACCAAAGCUUGUCGAGAGUUGGAGCUCAAGGUCCCACUGGUGGUCAGGCUUGAAGGGACCAACGUGCACGAAGCUAAGAGGAUCCUGAACGAGAGCGGCCUGCCCAUCACAUCAGCCGACGACCUGGACGACGCCGCCAAGAAGGCAGUGGCCGCCAUAAGGAAGUAGAGAGCUGUUUGGGAGGUUUCUACACUUCCGUCCUCCAUGGAUUCCAUCACCAACAGCAGCCUUUUCUAUCAGACCUCCUGAACUCCACGUUUUUUUUUUCCCCUCACUUUUUCUAAAUCCAGAGUUUCUGAGGUGUGUUAUGUUCACGCUAGUUUUUUUUUUCUCCUGAGCCGUGAAAGUUAUCAGCUUUUAAUUACUUUAACAAUUAUUCUCGUUUUAUAUUAAUUGGGAAAAAAGUUCACACUUUUCUAGGGAUAUUUUAAAAGCAUUUGAUUCUUCAGAACCUCCUGCAGAAAAUGGGUUGAAGUUUAUCACUUUGGUUCCAUUGCAUUCCAUUUUCCACUAAACACAUUUAUCUUCUUGAAUAAUUUGUUGUUUGUGUUGAUUUAUAGGGAAACUAAGGCAUUUUUUGUACUUUAUAAGCACAGUAUGGUUGAUAGAAAAAGUGUGAACUCUUCCAGUGUAACUAAAACUCAAGGAGGCAGAAAUGUGGUGCAAACCGUUUACUUUGAGGCCCAGGGAGGUUACAGUGCCUCUUGUGUUUCUCAUCUGAGUUUCUACACCAUAUCUUCUGUUUAAAGUGCUAAUUCCAUUAUAUCUGUGCCUGAAGAUUGAAGGUUUUAGGGGUUUGGAUGUUUUCAUGACUGGUUUUUCAUUUCUUUCAGAUUCUUAGUGAAAAGUUGAAUGGAUGAAAUAUACUUUAUACAAAUGUUGAAUGUAUUAUUGAUUGAUUAAAGAUGAACGAUGUGUACAUAAUCUAAGAGAUUAAAAACAGAUAUUUCAAGAUCA